UUUUGAAUAGGGGCACCAUUAUGACUCAUUUGCUCUAUCUGAAUAUACCUUUAAGAGAUGGUUUUCACAUGUCACUUUGGGCCUUGCCAGGUGUAACUCUGCCCAACUGUUUGUGAAAGUUGCUCAACGCUUGGACUGUAAUUGGCUGUUGUGCAGUGCAAUCUCUUGGUUUAUCCAACUGUGCAUACCGUUAUAUUAGUCAUUGCACUAACUGGUGGUGGUCGUGUUCUGCUGCGGGUCUGUAUAAAAGGGUAGGUGGAUUCCAACUGUAUAAAACCCACGCGAUGGACUUCUUGCCGUCUCAAGUCUUAGAUUUGAAGCAGUGAGCGAUAGAACAAGUGCGUGAAACCAAGAUGUCUAAUGAACUCAAGUUGAACAAGGGGCUUGCCCAAAUGCUCAAAGGCGGUGUCAUCAUGGAUGUUGUCAAUGCCGAGCAGGCAAAGAUUGCUGAACGAGCCGGUGCCUGUGCCGUUAUGGCGCUGGAGAGAAUUCCAGCUGAUAUGAGAGCUUCUGGUCAAGUGUGUCGUAUGAGUGAUCCAAAGCUCAUCAAGGAGAUCAUGGAGGAAGUCUCCAUCCCGGUCAUGGCCAAGUGCCGUAUUGGACAUUUCGUCGAGGCCCAAAUACUUCAGGCCAUUGGCAUCGACUACAUCGAUGAGUCUGAAGUGUUGACACCGGCAGACAAGAAGUACCACAUUGAAAAGACUGCAUUCAAAAUCCCAUUUGUAUGUGGAGCAAAGAACCUCGGUGAAGCGUUGAGAAGAAUCCAGGAAGGUGCAUCAAUGAUCAGAUCCAAAGGUGAGGCUGGCACUGGUGACAUCUCUUCUGCUGUUGGCCAUUUAACACUUAUCAAGGAACAGAUUGCCAAAGUUCUCCAGAUGAAUGAUGAAGAGUUGCAGCAGUUUGCUAAACAGGAGAGAAUCUCUGUCGAAUCGUUGAAAGAGCUGCAAGCCAAUGGAGGCAAACUACCAGUGGUUAACUUUGCAGCUGGUGGUGUUGCCACACCUGCAGAUGCUGCUCUGUGUAUGCAAUUGGGCUGUGAUGGUGUCUUUGUUGGUUCAGGCAUCUUCAAGUCAAAGAACCCAGAGAAGUUGGCAACAGCCAUUGUCAAUGCCGUGACCCACUAUAACGACCCUGAAAAGUUGCUCGAAUACUCUACAGAUUUGGGUGAGUUGAUGUUUGGUGUCGCCAUUGAUCAAUUGAAAGAUAACGAGAAGUUAUCAUCAAGAGGUUGGUAAAUAACAGAGCUGUACAUACAUGUCUACAUAACACAAUUCUAAUCUAUAUGGAUAUCCAAGUUAUACGCCU